AUGGCCACAGAAGCCCCUGUGAACAUAGCACCACCUGAACGCAGCGCUGCUGUCAGCUCCACGGCCGACAGCUUUGUUUGGCAGCCAAACUCACUAACCAUGCACGUCACGAGGCCCAAGUCUGCCAAGGGACGGACACGGCCGAGACUGCACAAAUCCCAGGGCACAGAGGUGUGCUCUCCCCAAAUACCGUCUUCUCCGCCUCCAGCCAUUCCCUGUGAGUUGCCAAGCAGCCAAAAGCCAGUAGCUUGUGCACCCAAAUCUCCAAAACAGGGAGCUUUGGAUGAGAUCCCUGAGUCGCUGCUGCAGCAAGUGCCUCAUGGGGCUUCCUCUUCUCUCAAUAAAUACCCCGUCCUUCCUUCCAUCAGCAGGAAGACCCUGGAGGAGGGGGCUGUGGAGACAGUAGCUGAACAGGCCAGCUCACUGCAGCUGAGCAGCAUCCGCGCUCUUUUCCAAAAGGAGACCUGCACCUCGAAGACAAGUGAGGAAGCUUCCAGAGCUCCUGCUUGUGCCUUGGAGAGGAAAUUUGUCGUGCAAACCAAGAGACAGGGCUCCUCCAGGCCCAGAAACCUGGAGGAACCAUCAGACCAAGAACCAAGGCUGCUGCUUGCCGUCAGAUCACCAUCAGGCCAAAGGUUUGUGCGGUAUUUCCGGCCAACUGAUGAUUUGCAAACCGUUGUUGCUGUGGCUGAACAAAAGAACAAAACCUCCUAUCGACACUGCAGCAUCGAAACCAUGGAGGUGCCCAGGAGACGUUUUUCUGACCUCACCAGAUCUCUGCAAGAGUGCAGAAUCCCCCACAAGUCGGUGCUGGGCAUCUCACAGGAAGACGUGGAGGGGCGGCCCUGA